GCCUAGUUACAGGGUGGUUGGUGGUGGUAAGAAAAAGAAAAAUACAUACAGGAAAAAAGGAUGGCAGCCUGCAUUUCUCCCAUACUUGUUGCUUUGUUUUUGGCUUUGAGCAGUGCUACUAAUGGGAUGGUGGAAACAAAGAGUUUCGGUCAUGAGUCAGGAGAAACUCUGCAUGAUGUUUAUCGACCCAAAGGAAAAUGUUUUGAUGCAACCCUCUAUGAAUAUUUUGAGAAUGGAGAAAGUUGGGCAAGGAUAAACCUAGGAAGAGUGCAGCAAUGCACAUGUGUUAACGGCCUAACUGAAUGCCAACUGCAACAGUACACAGAUUGCAUCAUCAAUCCAUGCCUCCAUGGCAGUUCUUGCAGGAAGAUUCUCUUCACUAACCUAACAAUCUGUGGGUGCAAAGAACCAUUUACAGGAAGAUACUGCAAUAUUGUUCCUAGUGAGACAUGUUAUUCUGGUAAUGGGACAAAUUACAGGGGCAUUGAAAAGACAACUGUUUCUGGAAAUAAUUGUCUACCAUGGAAUUCAGAUUUGCUUUACCAAAAUAUGGAUCCAGUGGAACUUCGACUGGGGCCAUACCCAUACUGCCGUAUUCAUCCCUGGAUGGCCACUAUAUAUAUUGGAAAGAAUUUCUGUGCUGGAAGCCUCAUCCGUUCUUGUUGGGUGGUGACAUCUGCACAUUGCUUUGCUAACAGCCCACUAAAGUCAACUAUUAGAGUUGUUUUGGGACAACAUUUUUUUAAUACGACAACAGAUGUUACUCAAGAAUUUGAUGUAGAGAAGUACAUUAUGUUUCCUGACUAUACAGUGUACAACCCAACUGAAAAUGAUAUUGUUUUAGUUAAGCUGAAGAAGGCCAAAAAACGUUGCGCAGUGAAGUCCCAGUUUGUUCGGCCAAUCUGCCUACCAGAAAAUGGAAUGACCUUUCCAGAUCAUUACAAAUGUCAAAUUUCAGGAUGGGGAUACUUGCAUGAAAAUUCAUCUGGCUACUCUAGUAUACUACAAGAAGUAACAGUUCCUAUUAUCCCUGAUCACAUCUGUCGAAACUAUGAUGUUUAUGGAGCGGAAAUUAGUGAAAAUAUGUUCUGUGCUGGCUAUCUUGAUGGCAUAUCAGAUGCUUGCCAGGGAGAUUCUGGAGGGCCACUUGCCUGUGAAAAGGAUGGAAUAUCUUACUUGUAUGGCGUUAUCAGUUGGGGUGAUGGCUGCAGCAGGGCUGGAAAGCCUGGUGUUUAUACAAGAGUGACAAAAUAUGUGGACUGGAUAAAUGAGAAGAUAAAUCCAAAUCCCAAAGAGAAACUGUAACACACUGUAUUGCAGUGAUUUUACGUUUUGAUAGCAAAACAAUGUCUAUGUUAUUAUUUUAAGUGAUGUCAUACAAAGACACUCUGUUGUUUCCGCUGUGUCUUUCUUUUAUGUUUAUUUCACAGUAAUCAGCUUGUUUACAGAACUAGUUAAUAUUGAUGAUAAUUCUCACACACAGACCUGCAAGUGGUAGCAAAUCUUGUUUUUGUUGAGGACAAAAAAGGAGGUCCCUCUUGUUUGUUGUCCGAUCGUAAGAGAGAGACUGUCAA